AGGAAAAAGGUUGUGAAAACGUCUCGUCACAAAAGUGUGAACGAAAAAAGACAUUUUCUUGUUAAAUUUUUGAGUUUUAUCGGAUUUUAACGAAGAAUGGAACGUUUACGAGAACAGUUAAAGUUACAAAAAUAUUAAAUUUCAAAAAAUUCCUUUAAAAAAUUACCAAAAAAAGACAUUUUUUCAAAAAAAAUUGUUAAUUUUUGACGAAUUAAGGCCUUAAUGACAUGAAAAGUGAUUAAAAAUCAUUCCCUUGAGUGUUUUAGAGCAGAAAACAUUUUUUUUACAAGUGAAAAACAAAGAAAAAAAACACACAUCCAGAAAAUCGAUACUUGCUUCUGUGUGCCAUCAUCCGUGUGUGUCGCGUACAUUCCUUGUACUAACAUUGACACAUAAAUUAUUAAUUUAUUGACGAAUUUUUCUGGCGGUUCGAAGCACAUUUUUCCAUUUCUGCGAAAAAAUGGAGUCGACGGGUCAUAUUGCGGUGCCGUUGCGUGGCGGCGGCAAGAAAAUGCGAAAGCGUCGUGAACUGGAUGCCCUUGUGGCGCAUUCCUCGAGAGGUAGUAGCGUGGGAAAUCGCUCGGGAAAUGGCAUAAAUUCACAUGAUCAGUUGUUGUCGCAGAGCACGGAUGAGCAGGACGAGUAUGUUUGGACCAAAAGUCAUUCGUCGUCGAGAGCGAGAGCGAAUAGGAUUUCGUUUUUGCGAUCUUGCGGGCCGUUUUUGUUGGUGACAAGCAUGUUGUUGUCCUUGGGCUUUGUUUAUUGGCUGUACUUUGAUAUACGGGCGCAAAUUACGGAUUAUCGAAUUCGGAUUGAACAAGUUUCAGCAACUAGUCAACAUGUCCCUGAAGCACUCCAAAAGUGGCAUGAAACGUCAAAAGCGUUGGAACAGAACCAAACGACACUUUCUGAGCACAUUCAAGAAAUCCAGUCAAGCUUGAAAAGCUUUAAAACGCAGAUAACAAAACUGUCGGAAAAGUUGGAUGAAAAGAACGCCGACUCGCAAACCAAUCAAAUUCUUUCGCUUCAAACAAACAUCGCCACCUUUGGCUCGCAAAUCACCGCCUUCACGGGUCAAAUUGAGAAACUAUCGAGCGACUAUGCCGACCUGAAGGAGAAUCAGAAGCACUUUAACGAUACCGUCCUUGAAAUUAGAGCAAACUUUGAAGCUACCAAAAACUUAACUCUACCAACAGUGGCCGAUAAUGCGACGCGCACGAAACUCGACACCUUCAUCCGGUCCAUCGAGGAUCGCUUCAACAACUUGUCGCAACGCGUAAACACGGAAAACGAGACGCUCAUCGCGUCACUCAAGUGGUUCGAGGACGACCUGAAGAACAAAACUGUCAAGCUGAACGAGUUGAGUGACAAUUUCUUGAACAUUUCGAGUCACGUGUAUUCCGUCGAGAACUUGUACACGACAAAUUUGAGCAAACAGUUUGAGUCACUCCAGUCUGCCUCAACGACGCUAAAUGCAACAGUUCAGAAGCACGAGUUACUCUACGAAACACAACUCGAGACCAUGAAACGCCAAAUUAAUGAAAUUCAGAAACGUCUUGAUGCAACAGUAGCUGCCAGUGCAAAAAUUGACACUGUGAUUCAAUCAAAGAAAGACGAUCAACUUGACAAAAUUUUCAGCUCGAGCGGCAGCAACGCGAACACAAACAACAAAAAUAAUGAACCUGUGAUUCCUUCUAGCGGUAGUCAAAAGCAAUCUAGUGAUAAUAUUGAUAAGAAUAACAUUUUAAGUAGCGAUAAAAAUAAGAGUAACGCAUCUGUCGCUUCAGCAACAGCUACCACUCAAGCAGGAGCACCAAAAAAUAUUCUUAACUCGACAUUUCCAGAAGGAUUAAUGCAAAACUAGACAAUUAAUGCACUGUCACACCACCAAUUUAUUACAAAAAAAAAAUUAAUUGGCAAAAAAUAAUUUAAAAAAAAUUACUUAAAAAAUAAUUUAAAUAAUUUUUAGAUAAAAAAAAAUAUUAAAAAAAAAAUACUUGAAACAUCGAAGUUUAAAAAGGCUUAAAAUUAAAUCUAGAAGUCUUCAUCCUAUUUCUAUUUUUAUUUUGAUCUUAAACUCCGUAUACAAUUUAAAAAAUAAAAAAAAAUAUUUAUAAAUUUGUAAGUGCCAAGAUUUAAUCAUGAAGAAAGUAGAGAGAUUUUAGUGUGAAGGCGUGAAGAAUUUUUACUAAAAAAAAAUAAAUAAAUAAUAUUUGCACGAACGUUUUAGACAGAAAUGAACAGGAUUAAAAAAUAAAAACAGGAUAUCAAAAAAAUAAAAAUUUAUUUAAAAUUAAUCAAAAUGUAGAUAAAUACCUUCCAAUGCAACUUUAUUAAUUAAAAAAUAAAAAUAGAAAUUUCAUCACAUUUAAAAAAAAAAUAAUUAAAAAUUUUAGGAAAAAUAAAUCAACAUUUUUUUGAAUUAUAGUUGAUAUUUUUUUCUAUUUUAGAAAAUUAAAAUAAAAAUAAAAAAAAAUAUUUAUAGUGUAAAUAGAUUUAACUAAGAACGUCCAAUACUGUGCUGCACUACAACCUAAAAUUAAUUUUCGCAGUAU